UGAUGAUAGGUUAGUUUUCUAGAGUUUUGUAAACUGCUGCCGAUUUUAUUUGGGAGACCAAUAUUUAUUAAAUAAAACCAGACUUGAGAUAUAUUUUUUUGUAAAGUGAUAUAAACUGUAGCACAAUGCCGCGAAUUAUGAUAAAAGGCGGAGUGUGGCGGAACACAGAAGAUGAAAUCCUUAAGGCUGCUGUUAUGAAAUAUGGCAAAAAUCAGUGGUCCCGUAUUGCGUCGUUGUUACAUAGAAAAUCAGCGAAACAAUGUAAGGCACGUUGGUUUGAAUGGUUAGAUCCAAGUAUAAAGAAAACAGAAUGGUCAAGAGAAGAAGAUGAAAAGCUAUUGCAUUUAGCAAAGCUAAUGCCUACGCAGUGGCGAACAAUAGCCCCAAUUAUUGGCCGUACUGCUGCUCAGUGUUUAGAAAGAUAUGAAUAUUUGUUGGAUCAAGCACAAAAGAAAGAAGAUGGUGAAGAUACUGCUGAUGACCCAAGGAAACUUAAGCCUGGCGAAAUUGAUCCCAAUCCGGAAACUAAACCUGCCAGACCUGAUCCAAAAGAUAUGGAUGAAGAUGAACUUGAAAUGUUAUCAGAAGCUCGUGCUCGAUUGGCAAAUACUCAAGGAAAGAAAGCAAAACGUAAAGCUAGAGAAAAACAACUUGAAGAGGCGAGACGUCUGGCAGCUUUGCAGAAAAGAAGAGAACUUCGAGCAGCAGGAAUUGAAGUCAAUCCUCGUCGGCGAAAAAAGCGUGGUGUUGAUUAUAAUGCGGAAAUACCUUUUGAAAAACGACCUGCUAUUGGAUUUUAUGAUACAUCAAAUGAGGCUCUUGAUCCUAUGGCACCAGACUUUUCUAAAAUGACCCAGCAGGCCUUGGAUGGCGAAAUAAGAAGUGAACAAGAAGAAAAAGAGAGGAAGAAAGAUAAACAGAAAUUGAAACAAAGGAAAGAGAAUGACAUACCACAGGCAAUGUUACAGAACCAAGAACCUGCUAAGAAAAGAUCAAAACUGGUUUUGCCCGAACCACAGAUUUCCGACCAAGAACUUCAUCAAGUUGUUAAACUGGGAAAAGCGAGCGAAGUGGCGCGCGAAGUAGCUUCCGAGAGUGGAAUUGACAGUACCGACACGUUGCUGAAUGAUUAUACUUUAACCCCUCAAGCAGCUGCAACGCCUAGAACUCCUGCUCCUGUCACUGAUAGAAUUCUUCAAGAAGCUCAAAAUGUCAUGGCCCUUACCCAUGUCGAUACCCCACUCUAUGUAGAGUUAAAUUCAGAGAUUACGCGCGUUCUAUAUUAAUAAUUAAAACAAGUAAUAUUUUUUUAGACAAUAGCUACACCAAACACAGUAAUUGCCACACCGUUUAGGUCAGCCAGAAGUGACGGCGGUAUUACACCAGCCAGUUCAGGUUUUGCAACACCUCGUAGUGGAGCGUUGGUUCCGGUAGGACAAGGGAGUAGUUUUACUCCCUCAGUUAGGGACAAACUUAACAUUAAUGCAGAGGAGAGUCUAGAGGCUGCAGAAACGCCAGUGCAACAGCGCAUAUAUCAAACCUCUCUUAAAGAGCAACUAAAAAUGGGUUUAAGUAGUUUACCCCAGCCAAAGAACGACUACGAAAUAGUUGUUCCAGAGCAAGUUGAUCAGGAGAUGCCAGAACAAGCUCAAGAGCACAUGAUUGAAGAUCAAGCAGAUAUUGACAAGAGAUAUCAAGAGGAUUUGAAAGCAAAAGCAGCAAAAGAGUUAGCAAUGAGAUCUCAGGUUAUACAAAGAGAUUUUCCCAGACCAUUAGAUGUAAACCUUUCCGUUUUGCGACCUCCUAAUGAAAAUUAUUCGUUGACUGAACUGCAAAAGGCGGAAGAAUUGAUAAAAUGCGAAAUGGCCACUAUGCUACAUUUCGACAACUUAAAGAAUCCCAUACCCAAUCAAAGUAAACAAUCUACCAAGUCGCAAGCUCAACAGUUAGCAUUUUUAGAAGAGCAUCCGUAUCAAAAUUUUAGACCAGAUGAACUGGAACUGUCGAAGAAAAUGUUAAAAAAAGAAAUGGAAAUUGUCAAAAUGGGAAUGAAUCAUGGUGAAUUGCCCAUAGAAGCGUACACUCAAGUGUGGGAGGAGUGUUUGGGUCAAGUGUUGUUUUUACCAAAUCAAAACAGAUAUACUAGGGCCAAUUUAGCUAAUAAAAAAGACAGAUUGGAGUCUGCGGAGAAGCGCUUGGAACAGAAUCGAUCGCAUAUGGCCAAAGAAGCCAAACGGGCUGCAAAAAUGGAGAAGAAAUUGAAAAUUUUAACUGGAGGUUAUCAGUCUAAGGCCCAGGUACUCAUCAAACAGCUCCAAGAUGCUUAUGAGAAUAUUGAUCAAGCUAAUUUGGAACUGAAUACUUUCAAGUUUUUGCAAGAACAAGAAAAGAAUGCUUUGCCUAGAAGGGUUGAGUCAUUAACUGAAGACGUUGACCGACAAAUGGAACGAGAAAAAGGAUUACAAAAGCGGUAUAACGAUCUUCAGAACGAAAUCAGGGAAUUACAAGAGCAAUACAAGUAUGUGCAACAGGAAGUGUACGAGGAGCAAAGCCAACAAAACGUUGUGACAGAUGAAACUGUUGAAAAUCAUAUAUCUGAUGAUCAAAAUGUGGUUAGCAGUUCUACAGUGAAUGGAAUAGAUGAGAGCCCUGAAGACGAGUCGAAUAUGAAUUGACCAAAUGAGAACGAAGCAGCGAUAGGAAGUUAAGUUAUAUAUAAGUCAUUCGAAGUUGUUAGUUGUUCUUGUAAGUAUAAUAAAUUGAAUUUACGCCUUUA